AGACUUGAGUCGACACAAGGGCAGGGCCGUGCAGAAGACGGUGAGAGGCGUGGUUCUUGGGUGCAUUUGUGAGGAAGCGAAAAAGCACAGUGUGAAGGGCUGUCAAGUCCCAGACCGCAAGUGAUCGCCCACAAAGCAAUUUUCAUGUUGAAUGCGCGAGCAGGCUGGCUGCCAAAAGAACAAGUUUUUGCAGUGCGACGACGAAGCGUGCAUUGGAGACGUGGCAGCGAACAACGGGAGGCGGCGACCCAGGAUGAAGCUGUGGUGGUAGUGGGAGUGAUGCAGUCACGUGUGCAGGCGAGCAGAGGGGGAAGGCGGAGGGCGGGGGGCGCUAGACAACAACAUGUCGAACUGGAUGCUGGUACGUAUGUAGUAGGUACAUGCCCACGCCCAUCCAUCCACCCACACACGCCUACAUACAUAUGUACACACAUACACCUGUACCCGCAAUGUUCCUGGGCGACGCCAGCGCCAGUGACGCACAGGACUCACCGUUCGAAACAACUGACCAGCAUCAGCGAGGCCCACGCCCAUGCAAGAGGCACAAGCACGAGCACGAGGUUGACGGACGAGCAAUGGAGAAGAGAGCGCCAGCCAGCCGAUCCAGUGCAAGUGUGCGAGAGAAGGAUAGUUAACAAUACAGCUAGGCUUGCAACGGCAGUAGGGAAGACUCGCCCGCUCCAUUGCUCGCCCUGCUCCCUCGCCUGGCUUGCUGGUGAGUGGCUGCAGUGAUGACGAGCACAAAGAAGCAACCGCAGGGCCGUACAUAGCAGCAGUAGUGCCCGCUCUGGCACGGGCGAAGCGCUGGUAGUGCCAAAUGCAAAGGCAAAGGCGACUCGAUGGGCGCCUGUUCUGUUUCUGUAAAAACUCGACUCAGC